AUGUUUUCUACACUCACAACUCUGCUCCUCACCUCAACACUCGCUGCUCUCGCACUAGCAGCUCCUCCUCAAGCCUCUCCCAUCGCAAUGAUCUCACGAGGAUUCACCAUAACGCCAACAGCAACAGUGAUUGCACGUGCUGAUUUCAGUGCACUUCCAAUAAUCCCACGCACUGUAGCCACCAUCCCAACAGCAUCUGCAGUUGCACUUGCAGCAAUCAGUUCAUACACACCAGGAUCAACCUUCGUUACUCCAAUCGAAGAUUCUGAAAUCGCUGCAAAGCAAAGACGAGGGACUUGGAUCAUCGUUGUUGCAGUCUUUUUCAGUCUUGUUGCUUGCACUUUGUUUGUUGUGAUAGGGAGAUGGUUCUUGCUGAGACGCAGCGCAAGGAAGGAGAAGGAGGUGGGGAAUGAGAGUUGCUGA